CUCGAUUUCAUCGGCAGUAUUCUCACUCUCAACAAUCUCCAAAAUCUAGGUAUCAAACUAUGAUCGAUUCUCCAGUUAUCGUCGCCGCUACGGAGGAAAGGUGCUGAAUUCGAUCGCACAUUGCGAGAGAAGACGUGGUUGUUAUGGCGAAUUCGCACUCGGCGUCGGAUUUGAGGGUGAACCGCGUCAAGGUUUUGAGGAUGGUGUUAGUGUUAGUAGGAUUGUUGAUGAUUUGUUAUAUGGAGAUGCAUUCGAGAAAGUAUUCAGCUGCAUUGGCGAUUUCGUGCUCGCCUUGCUCUUGUGACUGUGUUUCCGACACCACCCUCGCGUCUUCGCCGAUUGAUCUCUUCAAUACCUCAUUUGCAGACUGUGGUAAAGAUGAUCCUGAAACAAGGGAUGAAAUGAAGAAGAAUAUGAUCGACCUACUAACCGAGGAAAUCGGCUUACACGCAAAUGUGACCGGUGAUAGCUUGCAACGCACAAAUGAGCUGAUUACGAGCGCCAAGAGAGCGUCUUCGCACUUCCAGAAAGAGGCAGCUAAAUGCAUCGCAGCGGUAGAGACGUGCGAGGCUGCAAGGGAAAUAGCCAGAGCAGAAUUGAUCGACGAGCGCAAGCUUACGGCUCUGUGGAUGAGUCGAGCGCUGGGCUAUGGCUGGAGUGAUGGUGACGUGAAUAACAUGAACGAAAUUUUGUAAAAAUAAAGGUUCAGUUAUUUUACUUCAUUUUUUUUCUAGCAUAGCCAUUUUUGCAGGAUAGUCUUGUAUAGUUAUUGUUAAUAUUUUUCUACUUUUAUAAAUUGAUGCUUUGUUUUCUUUAGGUUUAUACAAAUAUCCGUUUCUGACA